UUUAAGUGGACAGGCUAAUGUCGCAAACUUCAGCAAGUUCGCAAACGGCAAGAUGGCUGGUGCCAUUGUACGGUGUCUUCAGGUCCCAAGGAGACAGUUGGGUUUCCUUGGGUCUUCGUUGACCAGCCAUCAACAGAGAACAUUUGCUGAUGCCGCACCGGAAGGAAAGAAAAGGGGUGGUCCCCUGGCUGACCAGGACCGUAUUUUCACAAAUUUAUAUGGUAGGCACGAUUGGAGGUUAAAGGGUGCUCUGCAAAGAGGAGAUUGGUAUAAGACUAAGGAAAUUGUGGAAAAAGGUGCAAAUUGGAUUAUUAAUGAGAUCAAAAUAUCUGGUUUGAGAGGUCGGGGAGGUGCAGGUUUCCCAUCUGGUAUGAAAUGGUCCUUUAUGAACAAACCCUCCGAUGGGAGACCAAAAUAUUUGGUAGUUAAUGGAGACGAGGGUGAACCUGGUACUUGUAAAGAUCGCGAAAUUUUACGUCAUGAUCCUCACAAAUUGGUAGAAGGUUGUCUAAUUGCUGGUCGAGCAAUGGGAGCUUGUGCUGCUUAUAUCUACAUUCGUGGUGAAUUCUACAAUGAAGCAUCAAAUAUGCAAGUUGCUAUUGCUGAAGCAUAUCAAGCUGGUUUGAUUGGAAAGAAUGCCUGUGGAUCUGGUUAUGAUUUUGACAUCUUUGUACAAAGAGGAGCAGGAGCAUAUAUUUGUGGAGAAGAAACUGCUCUUAUUGAAUCUAUCGAAGGAAAGCAGGGAAAGCCUAGGCUAAAGCCACCUUUCCCAGCUGAUGUUGGAUUAUUUGGUUGCCCUACUACUGUCACAAAUGUUGAAACUGUUGCAGUAGCUCCUACCAUUUGCAGGCGAGGCGGAGCAUGGUUUGCGUCAUUCGGUCGACCACGUAAUCACGGAACUAAAUUAUUUAAUAUUUCGGGACACGUAAACAAUCCCUGUACUGUAGAAGAAGAAAUGUCCAUUCCUUUGAAAGAGCUUAUUGAAAGGCAUGCAGGAGGUGUAAUUGGUGGAUGGGAUAAUCUGUUGGGUGUAAUUCCCGGAGGAUCUUCCACUCCUGUUAUUCCCAAAAGUGUAUGUGAUACAGUGUUGUUGGACUUUGAUGACCUUGUCAGAGUACAAACUUCCUUUGGUACUGCAGCUGUAAUUGUGAUGAACAAGCAAACUGAUAUCAUUAAAGCUAUCGCACGCCUUAUUAGCUUCUAUAAACACGAAUCUUGCGGUCAGUGCACUCCGUGUCGCGAGGGAAUAAGCUGGAUGUAUAAAAUCAUUGGAAGGUUCGUCAAAGGGCAAGCGGAAGUACACGAAAUAGAUAUGUUGUGGGAGUUGACUAAACAGAUUGAAAUGCAUACUAUUUGUGCUUUGGCGGAUGGUGCAGCAUGGCCAGUACAAGGCCUGAUUAGGCAUUUUAGACCUGAAAUAGAAGCACGUAUUCAAAGCCGCAAACGAGCUAUGGCCAAUUGAAACUAAAGUGUGUAUAAGGCGUAGCAUGUUGCGGUGUAGUUGAAUUUCCUUUGUAAUUCUACCGAACUUUCAUCGUUUUUUGAUGGUAUGGUGAAUAAAAUAAAUAAAAGAACAUAA